AUGGCGAGUUUCUUCGACCUCAAGGCCAGAAAGCAGGCCGCUGCAAACGGGACGUCCCAGAAGCCCGACAAAUCUUCACAGCCUCCUAGGGCGCAACCUUGGGUUGAGAAAUAUCGCCCGAAGACCCUCAACGAUGUUACCGCUCAAGAUCACACCGUCACAGUCCUGCAGCGGACCCUGCAGGCGUCUAAUCUGCCACACAUGCUGUUCUACGGACCUCCCGGUACCGGAAAGACGUCAACCGUCCUGGCCCUCGCCAAGGAGCUGUACGGCCCCGAGAUGAUGAAGUCGCGAGUGCUCGAGCUCAACGCCUCGGACGAGCGAGGAAUCUCCAUCGUUCGAGAGAAGGUCAAGGAUUUCGCCCGCAUGCAGUUGACCAACCCCACGGCCGAAUACAAGACGAGAUACCCCUGCCCGCCCUUCAAGAUCAUCAUCCUCGACGAGGCCGAUUCCAUGACGCAGGACGCCCAGAGCGCCCUUCGCCGAACCAUGGAGACAUACAGCAAGAUCACGCGAUUCUGCCUGAUUUGCAACUACGUCACUCGCAUCAUCGACCCGCUCGCCAGUCGUUGCAGCAAGUUUCGCUUCAAGAGCUUAGACCAGGGCAACGCCAAGAGGAGACUCGAGGUUAUUGCCGAGAACGAGGGCGUGCAAUUGGAGGAUGGUGCUGUUGAUGCGCUCAUCAAGUGCAGCGAGGGUGAUUUGCGGAAGGCCAUCACUUUCUUGCAAAGUGCGGCCCGUUUAGUUGGUGCCGGCUCUGAAGAGAAAUCAGCAGAUGACGCCAUGGAUGUCGACAAGAAGCCAGUGACCGUCAAGAUCGUCGAGGACAUUGCUGGCGUUAUCCCCGAGAACACGAUUGACAGACUGGUCACCGCCAUUCGCCCGCAACGAGGUGGCGAGACAUAUGAGAGUGUGGCAAAGGUUGUUGAAGACAUGGUCGCGGAUGGUUGGAGUGCUGGACAGGUCGUUUCUCAGCUGUACCAAGCCAUCGUCUUCGACGAAACGAUUCCCGACAUACAGAAGAACAAGAUCGUUCUUGUUUUCUCCGAGGUUGAUAAGAGACUAGUUGACGGUGCAGAUGAGCACCUUUCCAUCCUCGAUCUUGCAUUGAGAAUAUCGGGUAUCAUGAGCGGCCGCAACUAG